CGGUGGGCAGGGUUGCAACAGAAUUGGCGCGCCCGAGACGGGUAUGGCCACGUGUGCAGGAUUCCCAGCACCAACCGCUGCCCCAGACCCGCAGCGGCCGCUGUGCUGCAGACAAGCCCCCUGUCUCAAAUGGGCCGCGCCUGGUGGGAAAGCGCCGCGCCCUCGAGGCGCCGAAGGGCACUCGGGCGUGGGCGAGCACCCUCAGCAAGAUGAUUCCAGUAAAUCGUGCGGCGGCUCCCUGCGAGGGAAGCGCGCCGCCAUAAGCCACUCAUGUACGCCAGCUGCAGCGGCAUCGGCCUGGACGCUGGGAGAGCUGGUGCCCGUCCCUGUUGGUCAUGGCGACGCGCGGAUGUGCGGCGCCUUUGGGUGCGAGCGGACGCCGCAUGCUGCAGCGACAAAGAGAGCACGGGAACAGGAGCGAAGGGAUGAUGAUGAUGAGGAGGAAGAGGAGGAAGAACGGAGAGGAGGAGCACGAGGAGUGAGUGCGAGGAGGCAUGGCGGCAGCCACGGCGAGAGAGGGCUCUGAAGCCACAUUGCCCCUUGCACGGCGGCCCGGCGGCGCACGUCUGACCUUGCGCACCCCGAGCAGUCGGUAUGUCGACCGUGGAUGCUGUGAGGCCACACUCUAGCAGCGGCCGCGGGGAAGCCGUGCACGGCAGUCUCCGCGGGGCGGAAUCCCGAGAAAUGCUGAUCGGCCGCGAGCGCGCUCUCCCGGUCC